ACAUUAUACAACAAUUGUUCCAUCUCUCUCCAUCAUGACAAUUUAUUUUACAACUUCUCUCUCUUAAUUCCUAACCUUGAAAUACUCAGACCUCUACCCAGACCAAACUACCCCCUGGAUGGUGUGUGAACCCUACCCUAGACUCUACACACUGGCAAUGUUGGCCUCUGCCAGUAUUGGCAACCACCCACAGUGUUCUCUGCAUGUGGGGUGUGUUUUUCUUUCACCUUCACACCCAUAUGUUCAUAUAUACAUAUAUAUAAAUGUGUAUAGUAUCUGUAAGCCGCGGAAAUGUGUUGGUUGAUGGCUUUGGUAGCUGAAACUGAGUGCGAGGAAGAGCAUGACGGUUGGCUGGUAGGUUACCGAAGUAAAGUGACUGGAUAAAAUAAUAAAGGUUAAAAAAAGGUCAAACUUUUGGGUCGGAUAACAGUAAGGGUGAUUUUUUUAUAUAUAUAUUAAAUAUAUGUGGAUGUUUGAAUGUUAUGUGUAAGUUGAUGUGAUGAUAUACUGGAAUUGAGUGUAUGGAUGACUGACAAUGCUUUGGAUUUGCGCGCGUAUUUUUCCAAGGUGCGUUUGAUUUUUGUGACGAGCUAACAACAGAACAGGGACAACGGGAGUCAAAGGAAAGCAUACCCACCACCACCUACACUGCAUACACUGGUGCUGGUGCACUAGUUCGUUAUCAUAUAUCAGCACCAUCAUUACAUUAUACUGCAUAGUAGACUAGUAUAGAGUAUCCAGUCGGUUGGUUGUAAGUUAAAGUAAAAGAGGUUAGAUGUGCCGAGGUUAACGAAACAGAGUUUGAGUGAGUGCUCAAUACUCCAAGGACAAUGGAGUUUAGUGACAAGUAAAUAAACCUGGAGACUUGAUACACUUGGAGCUUGAUGGGUUGUUGGUUUAGUCACUAGUGUCCGGGCCAGAAAGCUAGGAAGCAUGGUCCAGCGACCGGUCGCACCGAGACGUAAUGUCAGGAUACUCCUGAUUGGUGACCAAGGUGUGGGCAAGACAUCGCUGAUACUGUCCUUGGUCAGUGAGGAAUAUGCCGAAGAUGUUCCCAAGAAAGCUGAGGAAAUUACCAUCCCUGCGGAUGUAACUCCUGAGCAGGUUCCCACUCACAUUGUUGAUUACUCUGCUACGGAGCAGACAGAUGAUCAGCUAAAGGAAGAAAUUCAAAAGGCUCAUGUCAUUUGUGUCGUGUACGCGGUUGAUGAUGACGACACGCUUGACAGGGUUGCUAAUUACUGGUUACCUCUCAUCAGAAAGUGUUCCACCAGCAAUAGAUGUCCUGUGGUAUUGGUUGGAAACAAAAUAGAUCUAGUAGAUUACUCAAAUAUUGAGGCGUACCAUGCGAUAAUGAAAGAGUUCUCCGAAGUUGAAAGUUGUAUCGAGUGUUCAGCUAAAACGCUACAAAAUAUUUCAGAAAUGUUUUACUAUGCACAAAAAGCUGUACUUCAUCCUACUACGCCACUUUACAAUGACAGUACACAAGAACUCACUGAGGAAUGUAAAAUUGCUUUACAAAGAAUAUUUAAAAUUUGUGACUUUGAUAAUGAUGGUUUACUAAAUGACAUGGAGCUAAAUGCGUUCCAACAAUCAUGUUUUAAUACGCCGCUGCAGCCACAAGUCCUUGAGGACGUAAAAGCUGUGUUAUCGAAAAAUAUAAACGAUGGUACUUGCAACGGGUGUGUUACUAUGAAAGGUUUUAUGUAUUUACAAUGUUUAUUUAUACAACGGGGUAGGAAUGAAACAACAUGGGCAGCACUGAGGAAAUUCGGAUACGAUAAUGAAUUACAAAUGUCCAAAGAAUAUAUUCAUCCUCCCCUCAAAGUACCGCAAGGAUGUACAACAGAAUUGUCUCACAAGGGGCAGGAGUUUUUAACAAUAUUAUUUAUGCAGCAUGAUAGAGAUCGUGACGGUGCUCUGUCGCCUUCUGAAAUGGAAUCAUUGUUUUCGCGUUGCGUAACUCCGCCAUGGGGAGACGAGUUCAAAUAUACAGUAGCGACUAAUGAAAAGGGCUGGAUAACGUAUCAAGGAUACAUGUGUCAAUGGGCACUAAUAACUCUAACCAAUGUACGUAAAACACUUGAAUACAUGGCGUAUCUCGGGUACAAUAUUUUUAAUGACGAGUGUCAGACGAGUGCGGUGACUGUUACGAGAGAAAAAAAAUUAGAUCUCGCUAAGAAGCAAUCGAGUCGUAAUGUUUACACUUGUCACGUAAUUGGACCAAAGAGCAGUGGGAAGACGACACUGUGCAGGAGUUUUGUUGAUCCUAAACUUGAAAAAUUGACCGAUGAGAAAGUACCAUCAAAUUCAAAUGUCACAGUAAAUACUGUACAUGUGUAUGGUCAAGAAAAAACAAUAAUACUACGAGACAUAAAUAUUAUGAAUGUUCAAGAUGCCUUGACUCCCGCACAAAUUCAAUGUGAUGCUGCGGCACUUGUUUAUGAUGCAAGUAAUCCGAAAUCUUUUGAAUACAUUGCAAGAAUUUACAUUAAAUAUUUUGCCGAUAGCAAAAUACCUGUAUUAAUAGUAGCCAACAAAAGUGAUUUGUCGGAAGUUAAACAAGAGUAUUUACUGCAACCAGCAAGCUUUUGUAACAAGUACAAGCUGAUGCCACCUCAGCCGUACAGCGUUACGCGUACUGUUAGACCAGAAAUAUUUGUUAAAUUAGCAACAAUGGCAGCAUUUCCCCGCUUUCAAGCAGCGUGGGUAUUAUUUUACAAACACAGCACUUUUCGACGUAUGGUCUACAUGUUGCUUGACAAUCCUUCACCAAGACAAUGGUGGAGUUCUUUUACAAGACACAUGAAACAGUUUGGAUUGAUGCAAGGAGACUCAGUAGUCUGGUGGAAAGCUGGAUUAGGACUUGCAGCAGCAACAGUCGCUGGUUUUAUUAUGAUGAAAGUCUUCAAUUCAGAAAAAAGAUAGUCUACCAUUUAUAUUUUAUUUUAUUUUUUUCCUCAUAAUCGUACAGUCACUUGUUUAAAGAUACCUUAUCCUUAAGCACGCGUUAAGUUAAUAAAGUACUCUAUUACCCAACGUAA